UAGCUGUUGUGUAGUUGUGUAGCUGUUGUGUAGCUGUUGUGUAGUUGUGUAGCUGUUGUGUAGCUGUUGUGUAGUUGUGUAGCUGUUGUGUUGCUGUUGUGUAGCUGUGAUGGCGGCUGCCCUGUCCCUGCUGUGGGUCUGUCUUGUGUCUCUGCUGCAGCUCGCCCUCUGCUCCGUCGCCUACAGACAUCGGCCAGGUGGCGGCGUGCAGAUGGAGGGCCGUGAGGCCUCGUCCUUCCUCUCUCGCUCUCUGCUCUAUAACAGCUGGGACUUUGAGCUGGUGGUGUCCGACAGUCUGGAGAGAGAGUGUGUGGAGGAGAUGUGCAGCUAUGAGGAGGCCAGGGAGGUGUUUGAGGACGACGCGACGACGGAAAAAUUCUGGACCGACUACGUGAACAGUCACGAGUACGCCCCCAGAGUGGAUGUGUCGGGGCUGGUGGCAGGGAUCAUGGCGGUGUUGGUGUCAGCGGUCAUCGCCACUGUUUUGGGGAUCUACUGCUACAAAGCCAAGAAUAAGGGGGGACGUAGAGCGGCUCAAGUUCCAGUGAGGAUGGCGGCGGACGGUCGUCCGGCCCCAGAGACGGUGCCGUUGGCAGGGAUCAUCGCUCCAGGUUUACCGAGCUACAACGAGGCUCUGCACCACAGCGGGCAGCAUGACGCCCCCCCUCCUCCAUACUCAGGGGGGGCGCCAUCAGUGAUAGCUGAUCCAGGAGAGAACGACCUGGAGAACCCCGAUCCUGCUGCUGUCUGAGACUACUCUGAAGAUACCGUCUGUAUUUAUGAGGAAACGACAGACUCCAGCACUGCUGUGGGAGAGUGAAUGUGUGGGGGGUUUGUGUGUUUCUG